AUGUACAAUAUUCGAAGAGCAAGUAAACUGCGUCGAUUGACUGAUAGAUCCUGGAGUUCAGUCACAAGGUGUCAAAGUAAUGGUGGCAAGCGCAAUCUUCACACGGUUCCACUCAUCAUCAGUGGCAAAGAUGUAACGACGGAAGAGACCUUUACGGUAACUGGAUGUUUGAAAGGAGCCGAGAUAUCUCACUGCUCGACUGCAUCACCUCAGCAUGUUCAUGAUGCUGUUGAGUCUGCUAGCGCAGCUUUUCCAAGCUGGUCCGCGACUAAACCGUCGGAGCGACGAGAUAUAUUUCUUCGGGCAGCAGACAUCUUCGCAAAACGCAAGGAUGAAAUGGCGCAUUACAUACACGAAGAAAUUGGCGCUAGCAAGGAAUAUCAAGAAUUUAUCAUUGGUUUGGCGAUUGAAGGCUUGAAAGAUACGGCAGGAAGAAUCGCUGGAGCAGUGACGGGUGAGGUCCCCACGUCCAUCCAUAAAGGAAUGGGUGCCAUGGUCCUGAAGAGACCUUAUGGCGUUGUGCUCGGUAUAGCACCCUGGAAUGCCCCCUUCCACCUCGGGCUACGCUCUAUUACUUUUCCCUUGGCCACCGGAAAUACUGCAAUUCUAAAGGGACCAGAGUUCUCACCGCAAUGCUAUUGGGGAUUUUCAGAUGUCUUUCGUGAGGCAGGUUUACCAGAUGGCGUUCUGAACACUAUCUUCCAUCGCCCUUCAGACGCGGUCGCCGUUACGGAGCAAUUGAUUGCUCAUCCUGCCAUCAAGAAAAUUAACUUCACUGGCAGCUCAAAGGUUGGCAGCAUAAUAUCCGCUUCCGCUGGCAGGCAUUUGAAACCCGUCUUGAUGGAACUGGGAGGGAAGGCGAGCGCCAUUGUCCUUAAAGAUGCUGAUCUUGAGAACGCGGCACUGCAGUGUACAUUGGGUGCUUUCCUAAAUGCUGGUCAAAUAUGCAUGUCAACUGAGCGAAUUCUAGUUCAUUCUUCAAUAGUAGAAUCAUUCAAAUCCAUUCUCCAGGCAACCAUCAAGAAUGUUUUUGGCUCCGCAGAAGCAACUCCUGUUCUAGUAACAGCUGCAUCUGCGAAAAGGAACAGAGGGCUCGUGGACAAUGCACUUUCGCAAGGCGCACAGGCGGUCUUUGGUAACACCAACGUCACCGGAAAAUUGGAGACUAAGAUGUCUCCUGUGGUCUUGACCAAUGUCACCAAAGGCAUGGAAAUAUACGCUACCGAGUCCUUUGGCCCCAGUGUCUCACUUUACACAUUCGACACGGAGCAAGGGGCACUGGAACUGGCCAAUGACACAGAAUACGGACUAUCGGCCUCAAUCUAUACUGAAGACUUGAGAGCAGGAUUCCGUAUUGCAGAAGGCCUGGAAUCUGGGGCGGUGCACAUCAAUACCAUGAGUGUGCACGAUGAGUUCGCUUUACCUCACGGCGGAGUGAAGAAGAGUGGCUUUGGUCGAUUCAACGGAUACCAAGGACUGGAGGAGUUCUUGUACUACAAGACGGUAACGUGGCUAGAAUAA